CGAAAAUUGUCGAGGGAUUCGGUUUCCAAACCUCUUCAAAAAAAAUUAACAUGUGGCGGACUGCUAUUGGAUAAAGGAGUCGCUGACGUGGAAGCAUGUGGUGAACGGAAAUUUGAAUUGGAGAGGCUGUUUAGGAGAAACCACUUAUAAUAUUCCUUAGAUUCACAAAGGAAAUUCAAAGGUGUCAGCUUUACAUUAGACAGGAAAAAAAAGGGUUAAAACGUUUAAUUUUGGAAGUCCCUUGAAAUAUGACGCAAUAGAGAAAUAUUUAGAUUAAAUCGAUGCAAUAAUUAAAUUGUCCUCGUUUGGAUUGAUAAAUUUUAGAGAACGAAUUACGUUUUCUUUUCAUUCGUCUUGAAAAUUUCCCUUUGGAGAGAAUUGAGAUGAAGUGAAUCAAUUCAUGCACUAGGAGAAAUUAAAUGACAAGUCUGCCACUCUAUUCAUUCAUCCAAAAGUUGGGGAUUUCUUGUUUUGGUCUGCUUUGUUUAGUUUAUUCCUCACCAACUGAUGUUUCAGAGGCAACAGCAGCAGGGGUCCUUGGUUGCUGCAAAUUCCAAGUAUUACUCACUAGCCCAUAAGUGAACAACUGGAAAACUACAUGUAAAAAUAUGGACCUCUUUCUUUACCAAGGACACUCAUUGAAGCAACAAACUACAAACUGUAUCUCUGCAGCUUAAACUUUCUAACCCCCCAACUUUUCACAAAGAUACAAAGAUUAGAAAUGGUAAAAAAGAAAGUAAAUGAGAAAAAACACCCCUCAUGAAAUUGAGAACCAAGCAACAGCUGCAUCUAAAAGGCUAAGGAUAAAAGAAAAACACCAAAACCAAACGAGACAUUGUUCAUACUCAACUCCUUUGUUCUCCUUUCCUUUUUUUUUUUUUUUUUUUGUUUCUCUUUUCCCUUUUGAUUUUCUGGUCAUUGCAAUUACAAGCACAAAGCCUCCUACAGAUUCCAUCACAUGUGUAUGGAAAAGGGUUGUGCAUGGAGCAUUAGUUAGAGUGGGGAUGACGAUGUUCUCCGCAGCUGAUACCUCGGCUCAGGUGUCGGUGCACUUGGCAACAUCUUCUCCAGCUCCUGCAAAAUUCCACAUUUCAACACCUUGGUUGAGAUUUCUUUCAAUUGCAGAUAAUAACCAAAGAACUCAUGAAAAGAAAACCCAUAUGCAUCCAAAGCACAUUCAUGUGCUAAACAAAUGUGAAGCAUGGGGCACUGAACUGCAGACUAACAAGUCAAGAUUGCAUGUAAACAAAUGCAAAACAGUGCUCGUAUAAAAAGGGUCUUUAAACUAAUACAUAGAUCCAUGCUAGAGACAGUACUCCAUUGACCAGGUGAUGUUCUUCUAACAAUUCCUAAAUCUCGGGUUCAGAUUUGGCAAUUUGAGCUAUUCUAUGCACCUAGUAUGUGAUUUCAGCCUCUUCUUACCGAAUCAGCGUUGGCAUAUAGUUUGGCUAGGUAUAAAACACAAGCUGUGUACAACAUGUGCAUAUCAUGCUUGAGUAGGAUGGACUGUAAGAAUGACCCCGAACGCAUACCAAGAGCGAUAUAUUUCCCUAAUUAAGGCUACCAGAAACUUCCUACAGCAACAAAAACUUCAUAUAAAGUUAUAAUGCCAGAAUAAGCAGAAAAUUCAUCUAUCUACUGCGGUUACUAUUGUUGUUGCGAUGACUGUAAAAUAAGAGCAGUGCCACCUUUCUACCGUGCUUAAGAUGUUACCAGUGGUCAAAACUGCAACACUAUCAUCCAACAUCAUAACCUCAGAAAUCCAAGCACUCAGUCUCGACCAAAUUAUUAGCUCGCAACAAAACAACAUUCUCGUGCUACUUUUCUUCCUUGCUAACAAGACCGUCGAAAUCCAUUAGCUUGGAGCUAGAUACAACUGAUUCAAUCUAGUUGAAAGCAAAUGAACAACCACAGACCUUUGAUCUUUCUUAACUAUUCAUUUGGGUAAAAGACCUUGUGGACAGUCAAGGAGACAAACAAAAUGCUGAAUGCAAUAUUAGCCUUCCAAAGUAAUCAACAGACAAAGAAGAACUUUCCCUUUCUUCACUUUCCAGACUAUUGACAAAUCCUCUGCUUCACAUUCAUCAAGAAUAAUAUAUUAGAAUACCCGCACAGCGCAUGAUUGCUGCGAAGAAAUUUCCUACUCAACAAGGAACCGAUAAGGAUUUGUUCUUGAAUGACAAUUCUCUACACAGAAAGGGAAGAUGGCCUGAAUUAUAUCCUACUUAGACCAUAGUAGUAAUUCCAUAAGCAAAAAAUCAAGAUUCCAAUCAUUUUCUACAUUUUAACUCCACCAUAAACACUUGAAGCUUGUUGCCAGGUUUUCAAUUACUGUUACAGUCUUAGAGCUGAUACUAGGAAAAGGAAAAGGACAUAAGCUCAAGGGUCAUGGGAAAAAGAGUGUGCUGGAAGUUAAUAACUAGUCAGAGUAAUUUUCCUGCAACCAUUAUCGAAAUGAUUGAUGCACAUAAAAAAUUACCGGUGGACUCAAUUUCUGUCAUUUUUUUGUCUCAUGGUACUAUAGUUGUUUGUAAAGUUGAAACCUUGAAAGCCAAAGUGCACCAGUUGGGACAUACGUUUGAUGACACAAUGCUGUUACAUUGAUUUAAAUUUUCUACAAACAGUUUCAUAAACAAAAAAAAUGAGU